AUGGGUUCCGGCACAUCCCCGCCUCUAGGCCCAAAGCCCAUCUCAGCGCUGCCAUCACAUCUAUUAAAUGGCAGCUCACCUCUGCAUGCUCCAGCAAGUACUGCUAACAGCGCUCGCGAGCGCGAAAGCUUGAAUUCGUCUAUCCGCUCGUCAUUCCGCGGGGCAGUCACUCUGGAGGCAGCCCCGGAGGCAAAGGAUGAGGCAGAAGCACCACCGGUGAGCGAAACAGCUCUUGACGCCAAUGGAAUUAUCAAGGCGAGCCCUACAUGGAACGGCGAACCCCGAGACAGGCCCGGACCGCCAACUCCGCCCAGUCUUGUCAGUCGACCAGCCAGUCCCUACACGCAGGUGCCUCCAAUUGAUUUCGACGGCUUAAGCUGGCCAUGCCCCGGUACCAAAGAGCGACUGGAGGAAACUCCCGAGCAGAAUCAAGAACGAGUAAAGAAGCUAGCUGGAGCGGUGAGGACUAUCCUAGAAUGCGUCGGAGAAGAUCCAGAAAGAGAAGGUCUUCUAGAGACCCCAGAGCGCUAUGCCCGCGCAAUGCUCUGGUUCACCAAGGGGUAUAUGGAAAAUGUCCGAGAUCUAGUCAAUAAUGCCACCUUCAUGGAAGAUCACGAUGAGUUGGUGAUUGUGAAGGACAUUGAGGUCUUCUCUCUAUGCGAGCAUCACAUGGUGCCUUUUACUGGAAAGAUUCACAUUGGUUACAUCCCCGAUCGCCGAGUCCUUGGUCUUUCGAAAUUAGCCCGCUUGGCUGAAAUGUUUUCGCGACGUUUACAAGUACAAGAGCGCCUCACAAAGCAAAUCGCUCUGGCUAUCAAAGAAGUACUGAACCCCCGGGGAGUCGGCGUUGUCAUGGAAUCAUCGCAUCUUUGCAUGGUCAUGCGUGGAGUGCAGAAGACCAGCAGCACAACCACUACUAGUUGUAUGCUGGGCUGUAUGCGAUCGAGCGCAAAGAGCCGUGAAGAGUUUUUGACCCUCCUCAACCGCAGAUGA